AUGACGACUUCACUGAUCUUGCAUCCACGCUGGGCGGAUACCUUCAUGUACGUGUAUGAGGAGAACCCGAAUGAAAAUAACCAGAAUAAAAUCCCAGCCAUGGAAGGGCUAAGUGGGAACUGCCCAGCGAGCCACUGCAGGGAUUUAAUCACGCACCCGGUACUGGGUCGUCAUUCCAGCACCAUUGGGACUCACCAGGGUUCUGUCUAUACGGAUAUACCUGCUCCAGAUGCCUCCAGGCAGUGCCCGGCGCCACCGGCCUCUUCGAACGCCACCUUGGGCUAUGGCUAUCCCUUUGGAGGCAGCUACUACGGAUGCCGAUUGUCCCAUUCCCACAACGUAAACUUACAACAGAAGCCUUGUUCUUACCACCCAGCUGAAAAAUACCCCGAGCCCAGCGGCUCCCUCCCCAGCGAAGAACUAUCCUCAAGGGCCAAAGAAUUUGCUUUUUACCCGAGCUUUGCCAGCUCCUACCAGGCGGUCCCUGGUUAUUUGGACGUAUCAGUAGUUCCAGGUAUCAGCGGCCACCCGGAGCCCAGACACGACGCGCUGCUUCCCAUGGAAGGAUACCAGCACUGGGCUCUUUCCAAUGGCUGGGACGGGCAGGUCUAUUGCUCGAAAGAGCAGUCACAGUCUACCCAUCUCUGGAAAUCACCUUUCCCAGAUGUGGUACCUCUCCAGCCAGAAGUGAGCAGCUACCGUAGGGGCCGAAAGAAAAGAGUCCCUUACACGAAAAUCCAGCUGAAAGAAUUAGAAAAAGAAUACGCCGCCAGCAAAUUCAUUACCAAAGAGAAGCGAAGAAGGAUUUCGGCGACCACUAAUCUUUCCGAGCGCCAGGUCACGAUCUGGUUUCAGAAUCGCAGGGUGAAGGAGAAAAAGGUUGUUAGUAAAUCUAAGACACCUCACCUGCAUGCUACCUGA